GCUGAAUGUAGGACAGGUAGGUUAGUCAAUCCUCCACUUAUAGUUGGCGGCAUGCUAUACAGAACUUCACUCCUGAGGUUGUUGGUGCCACCGUUCACAUUCACUACUCGCUUGCAGAGCUACGCAACAAUGGCAACAUCACUUCCUACAUUUGCGUUGGACUCCAGCUUGUUCAACCAGACGUUGUACGCUGAGUUACAUGAUCUGUGGUUCUCAGGCAUCCCCGAUGGAGCGGAGUCGGCUAGCUUCCCAGUCGUGCAGAGAUGGUUCGGUGCAGGCUGGUCGGACGAGCAGAAAGCAGCCUUCAAUGCCAAAUGCAAGGAAGUCGCUGGACCAGCUUUGGAAAGUAUCGGACCCUCAAAGAUCACCCUGCCGCCGUUCGUCAGCUACGAGAAUGAGAUCGAGCAUGCCGGUACGCUUGCCGCGCCUUUUCUGGACGAAGUCGACCAAGCACAGCAACAUAGCGACAAGCAGGGCGCCGACACUUUGCUCUCAAUGAUACUACUGCUGGACCAGAUGCCACGCAACAUCUUCCGCAAGCGAGAGGAGCUUCCACUGGUGUACAACCACUAUGACCGUCUAGGCUUCGCCCUGGCUCGAAGCUCCCUCGCCACCCGUCGUGAUCUGGUCGAGCACCCUUCCCUUAUGAAGCGUUAUUUCUGGUGCUGGAGACUCAUUCCUCUGAUGCACGCCGAGCAUCUCCCUUCGCAUAAGUUCGCCCUGGAAACGGACGACCGCUGGAAGCAGAUGGCUCCUGAGCCCACAGAAGGGCCUGCUGUUCAGUUUGCCAAGGGCAAUCUGGAGGCUUGGGAUGAUCACGAGGAACCUUUGAGGUUGUUCGGCAGGUAUCCGCAUCGCAAUGAGUGCUUAGGUAGGCAGAACACGCCUGAAGAAACGGAGUAUCUUAAGACGGCGAAGACGUUUGGGGUGGAGCAGAGUAACAAGAAAGGCGAUACGGUGCCAAAGGAGGAACUAUAGAGUGAAAUAGCAAAAAUUAACUCCUCGCAAUGCAUCAAUCGCAGAUGCGCUGACAUGUUGCGAUGGUCUAACCAGCAGUUCACGAAGCCAGCACACACCGGUCGUUACCUCGCCGCCAUUGUUUCUAACACCGCCAUCCGCUUCUCAGGCGGCGUGUAGCGCAACUCCCGGCCAGUUGUAUUCCUGAACGCC